GGACAGCAUUAAACUAAAAUGAUAAUUUCCUGUUGCCACAUGUUGAUGAUCUGUUUCUACUUUCAGACCCUUCUAGACAAGUGUCUGAUUUCCACUGUGUGGUGCUCAACUGGGAAACCAUGCAGUGUAACUGGACACUGGGACACUAUGAAAACUUAGACAACAUCGCUGUGACACUUUUGUGGACUUCUGCAGGAGCUGAAGGGUGGAGUAACUGUAUCAGUUUUACAAAAACUUCCUGUUUCUGGAACAAGACUGAGUUUCCAAAGAUGAAUCCGCUUUGGAUGAAUGUAACAGUGCACAAUCAAAGAAGACCUAGUAGCGUGGCCACAUCCAUGUUUAACAUCAACAAAAUUAUGAUAGUUAAGCCAUCACCGGUUCAGAAUUUGGUGUCUGAAACGGUAAACUCUGAAUGUGUUGAUCUCCGAUGGGAGCACUCCCAGUCUACUAAAGGAGUUAUGUAUCGUGUAAACUACACAAGUGGAGUGGAGUGGGUCACUGUCGUGAGCAAUAUUUCGUUGUGGAACUACCGUGUUUGUGACCUGUCACCUUUCACAAAUUACACAUUCUUGGUGGAGGCUCAUCCAAAUAAGAGUGAAGGAUUCUGGAGUGAUCCCAGACAAACAUUGUCCAAGACCACAGAUGAUGUGCCUGAAGUGGGUCCCAAUAUAACAAGCGGCAGUUAUAUCGAAGAGUGUGACAAGGGACGUAGAAACGUAACACUGUAUUUUAAGGCACCAAGAGAAGAACUCAGAAAUGGAAUUCUUACCAGAUUUGAACUGAAGAUUAAGAACCGUGAAACAGGCGACACAUAUUCACAGCUUGCCAGUGUCGAAGAGACAACAGCAGUGCUAAAUCUGAAGUGUGACACUGUGUACGAUGUGGAGAUGUUUGCAAUGACUCGGGUUGGUGCUUCAAAGACCCCAAGUACCAUUACAAUAAACAAAUAUGCUGCAGUAACAAUGCCAAGGUUGUUCCGUAUACAGACCAUUGAGAAUGGCUCUUCAAAGGUUAUGGCUAAAUGGGAUGCUCCAGAAGAUGGUGAAAGAACCAUCACAACUACAGUCUUCUGGUGCAUACGAUUCAGAGCUCCCAACAUAUGCAAGGAACCUUUUGAAUGGAUAGUGGUAAAGGGAAAAAAUGAAGUUGCACUUCCACUUGAAAAUGUUCUGAAUUAUUUGUUUGCUGUUUCCCGUGACACUGAAGCUGGGAGUAGUGGGCUGUCGUGGACUCGCUGCCUUUACAGGUUCAACAAAAAACCUGACGUCCCCAGCGAUGUCCGUGUUUCGAGCAGUGGUAACGACCUCACUCUGAAUGUCAUGUGGAACGGCCUGUGGUGCAACUCCAACAGCAUGUCUCUGCUAUCCAAGUACAUCAUACUCUACAAUACAGUUGGUAGUUCAGAACCUAAUAAGUCUGUGUCAGUGGACAGGUUUGACAGCAGCUAUAAGCUGGGAGGCCUGAAGAAGGAAAACUACAGCAUAUGGAUGCAGGCUAAGUCCGACAGUGGAAUGCUGGGUCCCAUCAGCAGACCUGUGUUUGAAGUUCCGGUAGAUAACAGUUUAUCGACUGGAGAGAUAGUGGGCAUAUCAUUUGGCUGUCUGUUUGGUCUGUUCUUUAUUGCAUCUGGUGUAUUCUUCCUGUUCAGAGUCUGCAAGCAUGGAUGCAGAAAAGAUAAAAUUUUGUUUCCUAGAGAUACUAAGAAAUUUAUUUCACAGUAUAUAGUCCCAGACAUGAAUGGUGCAUAUACUAAAGACAAGCUUGAAGAAGAAAGUAAAAAAGUCUCUGUCAAUGGAAAUGCACAGACUGUACUCGAGAAUGACACGGUUAUAGGCCGACAGAUAAGCACUGUGAGUACAGACAGUGGCCAUGGAAGCCUUGAGGAUGGUAAGAAAAGUGGUGGAACCAGUCCACUGUCGGCCAAUUUCCCACCGCUCAAAGAAGAUGAUGAGUGGACGAAGGUGUCCACCGACUCUGACUCCACUAACAGCACCAGGCCUGUGGACUACUCCAGGUUUGCAAAGGCUGAAGACUCGAGCCCUGCACAACAUCAGGGCACAGUUGGGUUAGUCUUGGGACACAGCAACCCUGUGUUUGCUCACUCCACUAUCUCAAAGGAGAGCAUCACUAGUGGUCCUUCUGCAGCAGCAGCUAAAGUGCCAGAACCGGUUUCUGGGCAUUCCGUUGACUCUUACGUGACUGUGGGAGGUGAUGGUAAUGUUGAAGUGAAAACGUCUUCAGAUGAAUCUUUUACAGCACCAGAUGAAGUACCAGAACCAGUCUCUGGGAAUUCUGUUGACCCAUACGUGACUGUGGGAGGUGAUGGUAAUGUUGAAGUGAAAACGUCUUCAGAUGAAUCUUUUACAGCACCAGAUGAAGUACCAGAACUGAUUUCUUGGCAUUCGGUUGACCCGUAUGUGACUGUGGGAGGUGAUGGUAACAUUGCUCCAGCUCAGUUACACAUCCCUUUUGAUGACAAGAAUUCUGAUUCUCACGACAUCAACGAAAUAUGUAUUAAAACAUCUGAUGAAUCAUGUGCUCAUGCUGUAGAAUCACCUUCAGAUCGGCGCACAAAUCAAAUGUCAGUCCAAGACGUGGACUCUUCCUGUGUACAGCACACUGAUCCACCCUCUGCUCAAGGUGAAGAUAAACCUGGUGAGGACCUUCCAUCUGCAGAGGAUGGAGGACCAUCCUUGUCACAACAGUGUAUAUCAGCCGGUGUUGAGAACAGCCACCCAUCACAUGGAAUGAUUGACGUAAAGCAGGAUGACAACUCCGAGCCACUAUACGUUGAUACUAACUUUUCACCCUGCACCAAGGACACAGAUCCCUCAGAUUCCAAGUACCACACCUCAGAUCAGGUUCAGAAAAUUGAUCCACCUUAUAUUCAGAGCACAGAUGCUCCCUAUAUUCAAAAUACUGAUCCACCAUAUGUUCAGAAUUCUGAUCUACCAUAUGUUAAGAAUACUGAUCCACUAUAUGUUCAGAAUACUGAUCCACCAUAUGUUCAGAAUUCUGAUUCACCAUAUGUUCAUAACGGUGAUCCACCAUAUGUUUAAACAUGUAUUUUUCUAUUCAAAUUAUGUUGCAUAAUAAUGGAUAUUUUUAGCUACAAAAUUCCUCAUUUUUGAAGUCUUUGUUUUUUGGAUAUUUUGUGGGUAUUUUGGGGUAUUUCUCUACAAGUUAGAUGAACUAUAAAGAUAGCUCUAGAUGAAUACUAUAUCACUGUUCAUUUACUGUUAACACUGUUCACUGUAUGGAUCUGCCAUGUAUUAAGAAUUUCCAAUAUUUAUGCCUUCCAUGUAUAUGUGUAUUGUCAGUGUAUUGUUAAUCAUCAUUUGUCUGACCCAUGCCCAGCAAGUGGGAAGGGGAUGACAUUUUUGUGGAAAAAAUGGAAAUGGCAAAAGACAUCGCUUUGUGUAUUACUAUUGCGUCUGGAAAGGCUUUGUGUUUACAGGUGUCAGUUCAUACAUUCAGUGUGUCAUGCUCAGAAAUCUGUAAGAAACCGAUCUGCAUAAUCUUGUCAUUUUGUGUUGGAAAUGAUGUGUACAUAUUUAAAAGAAAAGCUAUUCUUGCAUUUCAUUAAAUUGCCCAUUAGCAAUAGGUCACCAUCAUCAAAACUCUAUGACUAGUUUCUGUGCAUCUCAGCCAAUGGAUUCUCAAGGUUAUAGAUGGUAACAAUUUUGUCUGUUAAACCUGAUUAGCUUUUUAUUAGUAUCAAUAUUAUACAUGUACAAUAAUAUGUGAAUUGGUGGGACAGAUUUACAAGAGAAAUAAUUUUGUGAUCUUUUGCAUUUUAUUCUUGUUUUGUUGAACACCAUGACAGAUGAAUUAGUUUAGGGGUUGUUUGGAAGGGUAGUGUAAUUCUGAAUCUCUGUUGAUUUUUCUAGUUUCGUUCGAAUAAGCCAUUGAGUUACUGGAUGUUUUUUAUAUUUACAUUAACUGACAGUCAGUUGGGUUUUUUUUUAUGUUAGACCCAGGAGGGGCUUUUUUGUAUGAGAUUAACACAGCUAUUGAAUUGAACUGCAUAAUAAAUUAAUGUAGAUACAGUAUUAAAGUUAUAACUUAGUCACUAUAUAACUACAUUGUAUAUAAUCUAUAUACUAAUCAGAGCUUGUUCAUAAUAAGAUUUUUUGCUUCUUGCUUUCAGUUUGGUUUUUCCACAUAAUAAUAAUAUGUACUGGUACAUUAAAAUAAUCUGCAUUUUGUUUUUGUUCUUUUACAGUUUGUAGAUUAUUUCAGAACCCUUGUCCCUUUAACCAAUUGAUAUCAUGGUUAAAGUUGUGGGGGUGUGCCAAUAUUUUUUGUUAGACAGUUGUUUUGACUUGUCAUGUCUAAAAGCUGAUUGAUGAAGGUUUUGUGGGGUUUUAUUGAUCUACACACAUGUAUGUAAGAAUAUUUUAGAUUUUUUAUCAGUAAUUAAUUUUCAUGUUCAUUAAAGUUGAUAUUAUUUUGUAUCAAGGUUACAAAUUGGACUAAGUCAUGUUCGAUUCAAACUGCAUUAAAAGUAUUAUUAAAUUAAUUUUAUAAUUAUCACAAUGCUAAAAGAGUUUCGUUAAAGUCCCUCAAUGUGCAGUCAAUUGCCAAAGCAUUAUAAGUUGACGUGUGUGUAUGUCAACAUAUUUGUAAAUGUGACCACCUAACCUCAUGUAAAUGUUCUUCUUUGCAUAAUCGUUUUAUUUUAUAUUGAGAAAUCUCAAUACAGGUCAGUUUUAUUUUCUUCUCUUUUUUUAAGAUCUAAGCUGACAAGGUAUUAUAUUGCUAAAUUUGGUUUACAUGUAAUAUUAUAUAUAUUAUUUUUAAAGUUGUUUAUCAAUGGAUUUGUUUAUGGUACAAAGUACAUAUAUGGAGAGAAAAAAAGGUAUGCAGUUCUAAAUUUUAUAUUUAAUCAGGCAAAGAAGAUUUACUGGUAACAAGAAUUUUGUUUACUACAUUUGAUAAUAUUGAUUAAACAAAGUAUACUUGACACACCUGUUUUUGGUAGUUUUAGUGUAACUCUGUCGUUGUUCGGGUUUUGAGUAGGGGUGCUUUUUAUAAAAAAAUAUUUAUGGAAUAUGACUUUCUAAAAUUGUAAAAAUCCAUCGCAAAUAGUGUAAAAACAUAGUGUAAAACAUUUAUCUUGUAUUAUACAGUCAUAAUACUGUGUCAAAUGUAUGUGACUUCCUAUCCAGUUUUUUAAUGUUUACUUUAUGGUCAUGAAGCCAUAUUUUAUUCAGUGUCCUUAUGUUGUUGUUUUUUAUAAUGAAAACUAUGUACAUGUAUCAGAUAUAAAUAUGUUGGAUCUUUUUUUAAAUGUGUUUAUAAUGCUGUAAACAUAAAAUGUUAGCGAUCUUAAAAUUUAGUGAAAUCCAAAUACGUGAUGUAUUAGUGACAUAAAACUUUAGCGAGGUCAUCAUGUCAGAAAAAAACCCAAAAUAACAAACCAAUUUUGACAAUUUGCAGCUUACAGAUGACUUAAAUUCAUUAAAAAAAAUUGCAGUACUGUGAAUGCUAACUAAUUACUGUUUGCUAUCAUUUUGGUUUAAUCAAUAGCAUCUACCGUACCCAUUGUUGUGUGUUUAGUUAAUCACUAACAAAACAAUUGCUAAUAAAAAAAUUGUUUUUUGUUGGGUUUUUUAAUAGUCUGUUGAGCGUCUCUAAAUUUCAUAAAAUUUUAUACUCGCUAACAUUUCCUGAUUUACAGUAAUUUUAGACUUGUUUUGGGGUUUGUGUCGGGGGGGUGGGGGGGUGUUUCUGUUUUUGCAAUCUCAAGUUGUUGGUGGUUUUUGCUUUUUAGCAUAUAGAAUAGAUCAUCAAUUUUGAUUUUCUUUUUUCUUCUUUUCCUAUUUUACCAUUCUUUACUUUAUUUUGGCUGCUAACUUUUAUAUACAUUACACGUCUGUAGUUCACAUAAAAUCAUCCGUUGGCCAUUUCAAGAUACCAAGAGCAAUAUGCUUCUGAUUUGUUUACCUGUACCUUGUACUACAUAAUGGCUAUAAGAAUUGUGUGUUGUAGUAUGAUACAUCUGUUCAUUUUGAAAACUAAAACUUGUUUUGGUCAGGCCCGUAGCCAGGAUUUUGAGAGGGGGGUGUCAUUUAGUCUUAUGGUGAGGCACUUUGUGCCUCACACGAGGGCACGAAGCACCCGAGUUGCUUAGGGGGCUCCGGGGGCAUAUUGAAAACAAAAAUCACCGGGGGGGGGGGGGGGGGGGGGGGGGGGGGUGUUGACUGAUGCCCCAUUGGCUACGGGCCUGUUGGUGGUUUGCUUUAGUAAGUGUUAUAAAAUGAGGAAGCGGGAAUACAGCUGUAAGUAAAAUAAUAAUUUCUUUUCUUACUAUAGUUUCUGCAGACUUUUGUUUUUGAAAAACCCAGGAUAGUAAAAAGUUGCACCCCUCAAAUUGUUGAGGAAUGGAAAGUCACCAUCUCUAACUACAUGUACACAUAAAAAUGAUUAAGUAUCCAAAACAAUUGCUCUAAUAAAUUACUUUUCUCGCAAUUGUUUUUUAAAAAAGUGGCACAUUCUUUUGCACCUCUCCAAGAAAAUUUAUUAUUGUGUGCAUUGUUAAACUCAUCCCCCUCAAAAAGUCUUGUCUUCCAUUUUCAAGUCUGCUUUCCAGUUUUGAAUACUAAAACGGGUCAUUUAAAAAAAAAGGUGCAGAAUAAGCAUGGUCUUGACUUUUACACACGUGUAUAUAUAUAUAAUCUCAUGAGUGUUCAGCUCUCCAUAUGUAUCUUUUGUAAACUGAACUUUUACUUUUGUAUCAUGUGCAUUGAACCUUUUCAAAUGUUUAUCAUAAGUGCUAAUUGAUUUUGCUUCAAAUAUAUCAUUGUACAGAAUUGUUAUAUGGAUUUCAUGUACCAUACAUUGAACUUUUAAAUAAAUCAUGUUUGCAAUGUAUAAAUCAAAA